AGUAGUCAACAGUCAGUAGCUCACGAGUCGUUCGGAGCAACAUACGGUGUAAAUUUUACGACAUGAAAAUGCAGCUGUUUUUCUAAAACAAGACUAGAAGGAUGUGUUAUCUUCAAGAAAACAGCCAUUAGAAAAAGGGAUCCUAUGUGAAGUCGCCAAUGCCACCCCACGUAACGGUACCAUGGGAUGCUCUCCGUGGUAGCAUAGGAAAACUUCAGAACAAGUUGACUCCUGGUGGAAGGCACAUCACAUCGGCAUCCAAUUAAAAUUGUGAUACUCCGUGGAAAAUUGUGCUCGAUGGCUAUCAGCUGCCAUUUAUUGGUGAAAUAAUUGAACUUCCUUCGACUUCGAAAGUGACAGAGGACAAAGUGCCAUUUUCCGGUUUCGCAUAGAAGUGUUUUUCCACAAUCGUUGUCCAGUUUUCCUCCAAUGGCUAGGUGUGCAAUGUAAGAGAGCAUCUUUGCGCAAGAGUUUCCUUCGGCUCGACGUAGUAUCCGGGAGUUACAUAUGCAGAAUCUGCUGGAGAACAGGUCGGCAAAUAUUUUCACAUGGAUGUCUGUUGCCAGUCCGAUAAGUGAUUGCAAUGAAUAGUGUCAUUUAGAAAAAAGGAUAUCCAGGAAAAGCCUGUCGAACUAAAGAAGGAAAAUAGAAAGUGCGACUGUGAAAAUGGUGAUUCACCCAAAGGAUAUACGUCUACAUGCGAGUGUGAUUGUGUAAUUAGGUAGACCUCGUCGCCGCACAGUUGAGAGAUUAUUACGUGGCCAAGCAGCCGAGAAGCGGAUCGAUUCGGAAAAGUGAAAGGAGCAUUACCGUCGAAUUAAAGUGCUAUUGGUGGCUGGAAGAGGAAGAACGAGCAGUUACAGAGCGGACUAAUUAUCUGCAGCAUAAAGAUUAGGGAUUACCGACGACGCCUCUAGAAGAACUCUCACAUCGGUGUGGAGUGAAACUGCACACCGUUUGGCCCGCCAAAUGACGUCACCGAAGAACUGUAUCAGCACCACAAGCAUUGUAACCAGUGCCCCAACGACAGCAACCAACAGUUGCACCGCUAGUACCGCCAACACCAUCAGCACCAGCCAAAUCCCGUCCGCCCUGACCGUUUCGAGCCGUAUUUUGCGGUCGCCUUCGCACGAGAGCUUCUCCACGGACCUGUCGCUCAUCUCGAUUUCCGUCUCGUCGAUGGCGUCGGAAGCGACCAGCGUGUUGAAUCGCUCCAGCAGCUGCCUGCUGACCAAAACCAUGGAGGACAAGCUGGGAAAUCUGAUGCAAAAGGAUGCCAAAAAGAAUCGCUCUUCUACGCUCACCGAGAAAUGGAGUGAAAGCAACGAUCUGAUUCGCAACUGUGCCACGCUCUCGGCUGCCCUCGGCAUCCACAAGAGCUUCAGCACAACGGACAUCUACCAGUUGCCGUCCGAUCAGCACAACCUCGGGGGAAGACUGUCGACGUCUGAGCUGGCCUUGACUCCGUUCCAGAAGGCCGGCUAUCUGUUCGACCAUCCUCGCCUCGACCACACGUCCCGUUCCUACUCAACAUGGGUCGCUGUGGGAGAGUUAGCCACCACGUCACAACUGCCUUCGCCCCAUGGCGGACAAUCCUCGAACCAGGUGCCCACGAUAUGCAAUACCACUCCAACGCCGAGCUUCACCGUGUCCGACUUGAUCAGCUCGGUGAACAAGAAAAUUCGCCAAAAUUACAUCCGAAGGCGUUUGUACAACACGUACCGUGCCAUCGAAAGACUGUCCCAAAGUGAGUUCAACCUGGAUCGCUUGGAGGCGGCUGCGUUCGCUGCCAACAACUUCAGCAACCCGGGGCCAACGGAACUCGUCGUACCUACAACUCAUGCUUCCGCAUCACCGGUCGGUGGUAAGUCCGUCAAUUUGGAUUCCAGUCCAGUGGCUACGGGUUCGGUCAGCCCAGCCGUUACACCCGCACCGAUGGCGGCACCAUCAUCGAAAAAAUAUUCCAGCAGCCACAAGUCGAGCGCCAAGAAGAAUCUCACAUUUUUGGACAUUGAAAGCGAACGGGGUAAGCCACUGUCCAAGUACGAGCGCCACAUGCUUAUCUUCAAUUGGUUACAUACGAUCGACGAUUCGCCCGCGGAGAUCGAGAAUUGAUUGAUCUAGGUGUAAAGGUGAUCAGUCGGCUUCUGUUGAAUUGAACCGUAAGUUAGUGUUUUUUGUACAGACAGUCAGAAAGACGGACAAACAAAGAAAUUCUCGAUGUUCAACUUCAUUAACUGUUAUUUGUAACGUUACACAUCAAAUUGUGGCAACAAAGAUUAACAAUUUCAAAGAACAAAGUAUUUGAAUAAAGCGCAUAUAACACGUACAUAACAGGAACAAAAAAACAUAGAUGUCGUGUCAUGGAUGAUGGUUAACUCAAUGCUUGGCCAAAAUUUGGUCAAUCCAAGCCAACACA